CCCACGUUAAUACCAGUCGUCAAUCCUACGCCGUGCAGGGGAACUGCCCUCGACGCCCCUCUUCCUUCUGCACCCUCGUCGCAGGACGGCCACACAGCCAUGAGCGGCGGAACCACCCUCGCCAAUGUCGCGAUCAUCGGCAGCGGGAUCUCCGGGGCGGUCUGCGCGUCCAUCUUGGCCGCCUCGGGCAUCUCCGUCACCGUCUUCGAGGCGGGCCGAGGAGCCGGAGGGAGGAUGUCUCAGAGGCGAGAGAUGACAGAGGAUGGAAGGGACCUUUUCUUCGACCAUGGGGCUCCAUUUUUCUCGGUUGCCGAUAAGGAGGUGAUGAGCCUUGUUAAUUCCUGGCAAGCGCGAGGGCUUGUGGCGGAGUGGCGGGUUCCGUUUGGGUGCUUUGAUCGGAGCGCGGAGAAGUUUGUUGACCUGGAGAAGGAAGGAAUGACCAAGUAUGUUGGAGUUCCAGGCAUGAAUUCAAUAUGUAAAGCACUUUGCUCUGAACGAGGAAUAGAAGCCAAAUAUGGAGUCACUAUUGGAAAAGUGAGUUGGCUGUGUGAGAGUGAUUUGUGGUCAUUGAUUGUCCUGGAUGGACAAGAUUUAGGGCAAUUUGAUGGAGUGGUGGCCUCAGAUAAAAAUGUAAUAUCAUCAAGAUUUACUGGAGUAACUGGAAAACCACCACCACUUGAUAUAGCCUCAUCUCCAGAUUUGUCCAUUCUUUCACAAGAUAUUCCUGUCCGUCCGUGUUUCGCUCUGAUGCUAGCGUUUUCUGAACCUUUGUCUUUGAUACCUGUAAAAGGGUUUUCAUUCAAGAACUCUGAAGUUUUAAGCUGGGCCUAUUGCGACAGUAGUAAGCCAGGCCGUUCUCAUGCAUUCCCUAAUUGUGAGUGCUGGGUAUUACAUUCCACAACUGAGUUUGCUGAUGGUGUAAUAGCGAGAACUGGCCUCAAGAAACUUUCAAGCGAAGCCUUGGCCAAAGUAGCAGAAGAGUUGUUUCAUGAGUUCCAAGCUACAGGAAUUAGUACUCAUCCAGUUUUCCUGAAAGCACACAGAUGGGGCAGUGCCUUUCCAGCCAUUACCGUCGGUGCGGAUGACAAGUGUUUAUGGGACAAGAACAGGAGGUUAGCCAUAUGCGGUGACUUUUGCGCGAGUCCUAACGUUGAAGGUGCAGUUCUUAGUGGCAUCCGAGCAGCUUCUAAGAUGCUUGGCAAGUCAAGCAACUUGUGACGAGUUAACUCGCACCCUACAUCAUUAUCUGAACAUUAAGAUUGCUACUGUAUGAAAAUUAGUAAAACUCAGACACAAGUUCACUCAUGCUGAUUUGUUGCUAGUGUACGAAGAAUUAGGUUAGUGAGAUUUCAGAGUGGACUUAGUAGUUCCUUAUAUUA